CCGCGACACCCGGUCGUUGAGUAGAAUGGCCUUACAACCAUUUACCAAUGAACAAUUGAAUUAUUUCAAGUUUGCGUUCAUCGUGCUAAAUGAAUUUCCUAAAGCAUUACGGCAAACUUUUAAACAGAUGUGGAACAACACCUUUGCGUCACGUCCUGGUUUUCAGUCCUGGGAUGACUCUAUUGCUGUGCGUAACUUGUUCUUAAGUACUGAAGGUGGAUCAUCCAAAGUCCCCACUCAUCUCUCCUAUGAUGAAUGGGAUUGCACAGCCCUGUUCCAGGCCACUAUCUAUGCGCGGUCCUUUGCUUUGCCAGGUAGCAAAGGCCACCACGUGAUACUCCAUGAUUUAUAUUUAAGGUCCUGUAAAUUACCACGUGGUACUUUCCAUUCAUCUGUAGUUAGUCCGACGGGAGAUGACGCAGAAACCUUUGCACUGGCGAUCGAUCAGCUUCGUUUAUUGAGAAAUUCGCUAUGUCAUUUAAAUAAAUCCGAAUUGGACAAAACAAAAUACGAUCGACACGUUCAACUCGCUAAAGACGCGAUUAAAGCCCUUGGAAUUAAUACUGACCCUAUUGAUGCUGUUGGAAGUUUGACUGGGUCUGACUUUCCCACCGAGAAAGUUCGCAAGUUAGAAAAUGACGUCAGAAAAGAGCUUCAAAAAAGAAACGAAUUCCUCGAAGAAGAAGUUAUUGAUGACUUGCAGCUCUUACAGAAAUCUCAAAAGGAAGGUACUGAAGAGCUAAAGAAGACAAUCGAAUCUGCAAAUGCCACUACCCAAGGCACGAUUGAAACUAAGUUUGCCGAGUUCCAAACUGAAAGCAGACUUGUCAGAGAAGGUGUUAAAGAUGAGCUUCACCUUCUACAGGAAUCACACAAAGACGAUACCGAGAGCCUGAAAGAGGAAAUCGCUGCUAGUGAAGAGAGGAUGGUUAAAAAGAUUAACGAGUUUAGCCAAGAGAUGAAAGACCUUCUGAGGGAGCCCCAAAGUCUAGGAUUUAAACCACGUUUUUCACGAUUGAAUCUUCCUCCUCACUUUACUGGCCGUGAAAAAGAAUGUGAAGAGAUUAUUGGCCACUUGACCUCUGAUUCGACGCAAAUCGUAUCAGUUUGGGGGUCACCAGGGUUUGGAAAGACGUCUACUGCAAUCGCUGUUGGUCACCAGCUUCAAAAGGUCGGUCUACCUGUCUGCUCUAUCUCAUUACGUGGGCUUUAUUCAAAAGGUGAUUUAACGUCAAAGUUACUCAGCCACUUUCGAACUGCUGAAUCGAAAAAUCAGAGUUUGACAGCUGCCGAUGAAAUUGGUUUCAUCUUUGAAAGACUAUCGGAUCCAUGUUUGUUGAUUCUUGAUAAUGCAGAUGACUUGUUUGAAUGUGGCGAGCCAGAUGUGAAAGAGAAGACUGUUAAUUUAAUAAAAGACCUUCUCAAUCGCAGUGAAAAGGUCAAAUUUCUAUUAACCACACGGGAGCCAAUGGCCUAUUUGGAUAUGUCUCUACAGGGACACAAGUCCACCAGAAUAGGAGAACUCGACGAGUUGUCCUCAAGUGCUUUAGUGAAAAAGUUACUUCCACAUGCGAGCUCCUCUGACGCAAUAAAAAUCGUACACAUGUGCGGGCAGGUUCCCCUAGCCAUAUGGUUGCUAUGUAAGUUGCUCUCUGACGAUUUUGCCCAAUGUACUGCAGCUCUUGAUGAAUUAAUGCUGUCUAAAAGUAGCCUUCUUGAGUUGCUGGACAACCCAGAAUAUACCAGUGAUGCAAGGCUUAAAACCCUGUUUGAAUCGUCUUUCCUGAGACUGUCUUCGCGGGACCAAGAAGCACUGGUGUCUUUGAGUGUUCUUCCAGAAACAUUUGAUCUUGAGAUUGCUACAGCCGUUUUAGGACUAGAGAGAUCCACCGAAAGUAAGGAAGUUUUGAGAAGACUACAAGGGAGGGCUCUCAUAGAUAGAUGUUCAAACUCGGACAAAUUCUCCAUUCACAAACUUUUACAAUCCUUUGCAAAAGACAAGGGUGAACGUGAGAUGGGAGAAACAAUUUUGAUUGCGAACACUCGCUUUUUAUUAUUCUACAUUGACUUGGCUGAGAAACUGAAUGAGAUGUUCCUCACAGGAUUCUCCAUGAAAGCAUUGAUCGAGUUCUUCGACAAUGAAAGAAGCAUUGUAAAAAGUUUGAUGGAUGGUUGUACAAACAACGAGGUAGCGGACAGAGUUUUUCAAGUUUUGGCAAAAGCAGAGUUUUUUCUUGAUACUGCUUAUUGGGACGACGAACCUAAUUUUGACAAGAUUUAUCAAACAGCAAUAGAGGCAGCUACCACCGAGUCACACAAGCGAGCACUAACGAUCAGACAAACGGUAUUGGGUGAAAAUCAUGACGAUACCGCUGACAGCUACCGUUAUCUGGGGCUUACCCAAUAUAAGCUUAGUGAUUACAGCUCAGCCACUGAGUCACACAAACGAGCACUAACGAUCAGACAAAUGGUAUUGGGUGAAAAUCAUGAGGACACCGCUGAGAGCUACCAUUGGCUGGGGCUUACCCAAUAUAUGCUUAGUGAUUACAGCUCAGCCACUGAGUCGCACAAGCGAGCACUAACGAUCAGACAAACGGUGUUGGGUGAAAAUCAUGAGAUCACCGCAGAGAGCAACCAUCAUCUGGGACUUACCCAAUUUAUGCUUAGUGAUUACUCCUCGGCCAUUAAGUCACACAAGCGAGCACUAAAGAUCAGACAAAUGGUGCUGGGUGAAAAUCAUGAGAAGACCGCUGAGAGCUACCAUUGGCUGGGGCUUACCCAAUAUAUGCUUAGUGAUUACAGCUCAGCCACUGAGUCACACUAG